CCUGCUGAGCCUUCCGCUGCUGUUCUGGUUCGGACAUUUGAUCAUGCGGGAAGACGAUUAUCCAUCGGGGCAGAGCUCCGGGCUCAGAGGCUACACGAGGAUCCGACCUGAUGGCAAAUCCCAGUUUCUGGACAUUCACUGUGACAGCUGUGCCUUGGUCUCCAGCUCCGGUCAGAUGCUCAACGCCGGUGCUGGAGAGGAGAUCGACCAAAUCGGUUGCGUGAUCCGCAUGAACAACGCGCCCACCAGCGGGUUCGAGAAGGACGUGGGGAGCCGUACCAGUGUUCGGGUCGUGUCCCACACCAGCGUUCCCCUGCUCGUGAAAAACGAACAGUAUUACUUCCGACAGGAAGCAGACACCACCUACGUCAUUUGGGGUCCCGAGAGGAACAUGAGACAAGAUGGCAAAGGGCCCGUCUUUAACCUCCUCCUGAAAAUGGCCACCAAGUAUCCAAAAGCCAGAAUCUUUGCCAUAACUAGGGAGAAGAUUCAAGACUGUGAUAAUGUGUUUCAGAAUGAAACUGGGAAAAACAGGAUGAAAACAGGAGCGUUCCUCAGCACUGGGUUCUUCACGAUGAUUCUGGCCAUGGACAUAUGCGACGGCGUCACGGUAUUCGGAAUGAUCGACAACAACCACUGCAGUCGAGCCAAUCGCAGCGUCGUUCCGUACCACUACUACGAACAAAACCGAGUCAGCGAGUGCAGGAUGUACCAAGUUCAUGAGAGCACGCGGCGCGGCGGACACCGCUUCAUCACCGAGAAGCUCAUCUAUGCCAGAUGGGCAGCGCGGCACAACAUCCAGUUUAAACAUCCAUCCUGGAGCCUUUGA